CCAGUGCACAGGAGGGAAAUAAGGUUAGUAAAUCUGCUUUUUUUUCUAACUUCUGGGGGCCCAAUAAUCCAAAUUAGUAUAAUACUCUAGUGUUAGGUAUACAUGUUUGUCUUCUUAACGCUAUACCAGUACUCCUUAAAAGGUAUGUGUGUUUUUAUAAUUAUUUAUUUAUGAAUUUAUCAAUGUUUGGAAUAUAUACAAAAUAUAUUUACCUUUAAGUAAACACAAUACUUUUUCUUUAACAUAUUAGUUUAAGAUUACAUGAUAUUAACUUUGAGAUCUUUAUAAAAGAGAUUUAUUUGUCAAGCAAUUAAAUUGUAUUCCAUAAAUAGAUACAUAGCAUUUUAAAAUGUAAAUAAGUCUGAUUAAAUAUGCAUAUAGCUCCAUAUUUAUGUAUGCUAAUAACUUUAUGAGAAUCAAGGAAUUCAAUGUAAAAACAUGUUUGUGACAUAAAGCGCAUACAGUACAUUCAAAUCCAAUGACAAUACAAUGUGUUAGUCUUUUUUUUUUUUUUUUUUAAAGAAAGACAUUUCAUGUGACCAAUUAGCACUAAAUCAUUGCCUGUAAUUGUUCAUCACUGCUCUGCCACUUAGAGUCUCUCUUCGCUACAUAACUUACGCAAAGUUGUCUUCAAAACCUCACUUGCUCCUCAUCAUUAGACUGACUUGCUAUAGCUCUGUAAAGCCCAGUACUGACCUUGAGAGGUAAUUGAGUGUUGGUGACUAUUCUGUGCUCAUUUGUCAUAUUAAGAUCCAGUCAGAGUGUCAUUGGUACUAAUUGCUUCACAGUAAUCACCCGCGGGCAGAUAGCUCAUGAAUGUAAAAACUUAUGAAACAUAAAGUAUUUUGCGUACAUUAAUAAGUAGUGGAAAGCAUUUAUACAACAAAAAUCAGCAUGCGGACUCUGCCAAACUGUCAUGUUUUUAUAUAAUCCCUUCUUCGCUCAACAUGUGCCGAGCGUAAAUCACUUUUGCAGAAAUUCUCUUUUUAACCAAAAUUAAAAUAACCCAGUUAGCUCGGUUAAUUUAGGAUAUGAAGGGGGCGAACAUUUGCCUAAUUAAGAGUCUGCUGAGUGUCAUUGAGCCGUGUAGAGUACAUCUACUUCAUUUGUGUAUGACAUUGCAGACUAGAUUGUGUUAGCCGGAGACAAAACGACCCAUUUCCCCCUCGCCGUCUAUCUAUUGAAUCCCGAUUCUCAGCAUUUACCAGGCUCGUGGUAUCGGGUCUUAGUGAUAUUCAUUGAUUAUCCAUCAACAUCUCGAACUUUAAAUAUUAAAUAGAAAGAAAUGUUACAUGAAAACCAAAAAAAAGUUAUUAAAUAUCCUAAAGGCAUUAACUAUCAAAUAAACAUUAAAAAAUGUUAUCCCUCAAUGUACAAAUACAGAAUGAUAAAAAGUAUUGGAGUACAAAACAAAAACAGCAUGACUUUGUAUAAUCAUACGCUAUAUUAGUUAUCACACAUAGCUGAUAUGACGUAAAAAAAAAUAAUGGAAUUUAUUUAAAUAGGCUCAAGAAUUCUACCGUUAAAAAUAAAUAGAGGCCGGCAAUGAGGAUCUGACCAUGACCAUAUUACAUCCCAUGACGUCUCAUGCCAUAGCAAUAUCACAUGGGAUGCUACACACUUAGUAUGAACAAGCAUUGUCACAGUUAUUGUUCUAUCACUCGGCUGUUAGUUAAAUGUGUAUUCCAUCUGCGACUGGCUCACAGUUUAUUGGCUACACUCACCUGAUAUGUAACUGAAAGAAAAGAAAUAUAAAUAAAGAUUGUCCAAAAAAAUAAAUAAAUAGAGCAUUUAUUGAGCAGUCUUUUAGUUGGCUUAGAUUAUUGGAAUCUCUAUGUUAAACAACAUGUCUCUUUUACUUUAGUCGUUCUCUGCCUCUAAUUCCUUUUAUUGGGAUUUUCAUUAUGUCUUUUAAUCAUGGACAAAUGAUAGAAGAAAUUUCUACCAAUUUCAGGCUAUUUUUGGUAUACAUUUCGCAAUUCACUUUGUGAAAUCAUUUGGAUCACAAAGUUGUGCAUUGCAAAAUUGUGUUCUCCUUUGCUCUCUAGAAUUCUAUGAGUUAAAGGGACAAUACAGUAACCCAAACAACUUUAACUUAAUGAAGCAGUUUUGGUGUGUAGAUCAUGCCUCUGUAGUCUCGCUGUUCAGUUCUCUGCCAUUUAGGAGUUAAAUCACUUUGUUUAUAGAGCCCUAGUUACACUCCCUUGAAUGGGACUUACACAGCCUUCCUAAACACAUCCUGUAAAGAGAGCUCUAAUGUUUAAACUCCCUUUAUUGUACAUUCAGUUUAAUUUAGAAUUUCUUAUCUUCUGCUCUGUUAACAGCAUUCUAGAGCCUACAUGAGUCUCCUUUGUGUGAUUAAAGUUUGAUAAAGUAAUAAAGUAAGUUAUAAAGUAACUUAACAUCUGAUCCAAUAAAAAUUAAACCAUUUUGUUCAUGCAGUCUGUGUGAAUCACAGCCAGGGGAUGUGUGGCUAGGAGUGCAUAAACCAAAGCAAGUCAUUUAACUCCUAAAUGGCAGAGAAUUGCAUAGUGAGACUGCAGGGACACCGAAACUGUUUUAUUAAGCCAAAGUUAGUUUGGUGCCUAUAGUAUCCCUUUAAUUAGCUAAUCUAUGGAAUUCUUAAGAUCUGAUUGGCUCCUGUAACACAUGGCUUUAAACCAGUGUUUAAAAAUGGUGAUGCAAUUUCAAGAUGGAGAUGGUCAGUUCCGCACUAAAAAUAAACAAUGGUGAAUAUUUAGUAGAACUUGGUUAGUUAUAAACCAUGAUGUUUUAAACUGAUUUAUGUAAAGAAAAUAUUAGGUGACAAAGUCACUUAAAAUAUAUUUUAACCUCCGGUGUUAUUCAAAUCUAAUUAUUUCUGGGAGUUGCAAAUUGUCAAAAUAAUGACUGGGGUGAUAUGAGCUGUUUGCUUCAAGAAAUGAGAAUCUUAGAAAAGGUUCAUAUUUGGAAAAAAAAAAAUUGGAUCAAGUUUUCGAACCAGUUUGUUGCGCAGCUCAUUAUAAUGUAUUAACCAUUGGGAGUUUCAGGGGUUAAAACCCUCAGGCUUGCCACAAUGGGUCAGGAAGACAUAGUCAUUAUUGUCAAAAACUUGUACCUGUCGUGCCGUGUCAAGUAGCAGGAGACAGUUUGUAAGCCCUGAGGACACUGCCAAACAAAGCCAGUAUGAAUAAUUAGAGACAGAGCCGAAAUGACAAAUUUGUGAUAGAAGCCAAUCGCCUAACUUCUCCUACAGCAUCCUGUGAUCUCAUGUCUUAAUGCUGCUCAUAUAUCUUUCAGGUCCUGUCUACCGGUUGAAGCAUUUAUUCUCCAAUAUAUAAGGCCCCCAUGGCUCUGAACAUAUUCUCAUGCAGUUAGAUACAUGGAAAUAAAGCUGUUAUAAUGUAUCUUCUGCUAAAAGUCCACGGAGGGAAAACUGCACUAAGGGAUCAGUUUAAUGUCUGGUGCAAGACUGCAACCUUGUGGUCGGAACAGCAAACUGUCCCACGGCUUGGAAUGCACUGAUGUCCACAUUCAGUUUUAAGAACAUAGGGAGUUUAUAAAUAUUGACAUCAACUGCACCAGACAUUAAAAAAGGCUCAGAUCCCUGUUUGCUCCACAAAACUGCUAUUACAUAAGAAUAAGUAGACUAAUGUCCCUGGUUCCAUUACUACACUACUGGCGAUGGCCCAUGGCAUCUCGAGGAUUCAUACUUGGGGGGGGGCACAUAAGGGGCCAAAAGUAGGGGGGCAGUUAUUAAACGUGUAUAUACAUGUGUGUGUGUGUGUGUGUGUGUGUGAGUGUGUGUAUGUAUAUAUAUAUAUAUAUAGAUAGAUAGAUAUGUCUUUAUAUAUACACACACAUACAUACACGAAGCUCUGCAAAUUCCAGGUCGCCAUGGCAACUAAACAUUUUGCCCUGGCGUCUGGCAUUUGUCAGCCCUUUGCUAAGUCGCGCAGGAAACAUUAAAGCCGGCCGCCGCGGAGAGCAUGGUGGCAGCGCCUGAGGGAGCAGUAACCUUCCUGCAGUUCCUCUUCGCUCCCUUGCGCGCUGUUUAGUGAUAUGAUGUCACUCCAGCCCCAACAUCACUUCAGAGAGCGCGCAGGGGAGCAGAGAGAAAAUGCAGGAAGAUUAGGAGGAGACACACUGGACGUCAGGAAAAGAUCCACUCAGAUCUCCCAAAGGUAGGGAGGCUGGGUGGAUUUAAAAUAAAAUAAAAAUAGCAAUUUGUGAGUCUUAGAGUGUGUGUUUUUGGUUCAGUCAGUGUGUGUCUCAGUCAGAGAGUGUGUGUCUGUCACUGUAUGUCUGUCAGAAUGUGUGUAUGUCUGUCAAUAUGUGUCUCAGUCAGAGAUUGGGGUGGAGCUUGUGUAUGGGGAAGCUGCUGCACAGUUGCAGAACUAACGUAGAGAGGCCCUGGUGCAUUGUAACGGAUCACCUGGCACCCCAACUGGGUACCUCCGUUGAAGGAUGCUCGUAGCGUUUCCUGAGGACUCCAAGCACUGCAGCAAACACCAUAACCACCGUAGACUCCUCCAGAGAGCAAAACAGGAAUGAGCUCCUAAAGAGCUUAGGAGUGAUUUAGCAAGGGAGUAUGACAAGCAUAGCAAUCCCUUGUAGCAGAUUCCCCCAAUAAGAGGUUCAGUCCUUGGUCUCCAUCUAUACUGUUCUCCAUCUAUACUGCCUCCCUUGGUAAACUCAUUAGCUCCUUUGGCUUCCAAUAUCAUUUCUAUGCAGAUGACACGCAAAUCUACCUGUCCUCUCCUGAUCUCUCCCCGUCCCUCUUGACUAGUGUCUCUGACUGCCUCUCUGCUGUUUCUAACUGGAUGGCUGCCCACUUCCUUAAACUAAACUUGACCAAAACUGAAAUUCUGGUCUUUCCUCCCUCAAGUGUUGUUACUCCUGUGUCUGUCUCCCUCCAAGUCAACGGUGCUACCAUCAGUUCCACCACACAGGCUCGCUCGUGUUCUCUUUGACUCCGACCUCUCCUUCAAGCCUCAUGUUCAAUCUAUCGCCAAAUCCUGUCAUUUCCAUCUCAAAAACAUUUCGCGCAUCCGCCCCUACUUAACGCCAGAUGCGACUAAGGUGUUGGUCCAUUCCACUGUCUUUUCUCACCUUGACUACUGUAAUCCGCUUCUCAGUGGUCUUACAUGCUCCCAACUUGCGCCUUUACAGUCCAUAAUGAAUGCGGCGACGAGGCUCAUCACCCUGUCCGCCCGCACCUCCCAUGCCUCACCCUUCUGUCAGUCCCUACAUUGGCUUCCUAUAAAAUAUAGAGCUCAAUUUAAAAUUCUGGUUCUUGCUUUCAAAUCUCUACCUAAUGCUGCUCCCACCUAUCUAUCCUCCCUUAUACACAAGUACAGGGCCGGACUGGGGAUACAAAGCAGCCCUGGAAAAAAAAAAUUUGUGCCAGCCCCAUAAGUCACUGCGCCAUAUAUUGUCGCGUGUAAUAUGUAAGGUUAUGUCUUGCCAAGACAGAUGAUUGAGUAAUAUAUAUAUAUAUAUAUAUAUAUAUAUAUAUAUUGCUUUUUCUAAUAUAAAAUAUUGGUCCUUUCAGGGUAAAACGUUUAAUUAUACAGUAAGCAUACGCACAUGCAGACACUGGCAAUUUCACUGACAUUUCAGUGACACACACAAGCUAAUUGAUACACAGCCUCAUAGACAAACAAUCUUACUGAUAUACAUCAGCUCAUUGACAUAAAAACACAAGCUCACUCACUAGCAGGCACACGCAUGCAAGCAAGCUCACUCACUAGCAGACGCACACACACAGCUUAAUGUGGUGGUACUGGUGUCUAUAGCAUGUCCCUACAGGCUUUUCAACGUAAACACUGACUUUUCAGACAAAAGGCAGUGUUUACAUUGCUUCAAAGUGGCACUGCUAGUGACAGUCACUCAGACGGUCACUAGAGGUGCUUCCUGUGUUAGUGCACCUACAUUCAGGGCCUCCACACUCUGUAGGUGCUGAACGUUCCCCAUAGAGAUACAUUGAUUCAAUGCAUCUCUAUGAGGAGAUGCUAAUUGGAGUGGCGUUUUGCAGCCAAUCCUAUGACAAAGCAUUGGAUUGGCUGAGAUCAUCAAGCUUGAUGAUCUCAGCUAGAGAGGCAGGGCCAGUCGAGGGAGACCAGCAUGCUGCGUGGGGAAAAAAAAAAGGUGAGCAAAAACACUAUUUUUAAACACACAUUUACACCAUGACAGACACAGAAACACACAUAUACCAUGACAGAUACACACCCCAUGACAGACACACACCAUGACGGACAGAUAGACACACACACACCAUGACGGACAGACACAGACACACACACCAUGAAUGACAGACAGACACACAAACACACACACCCCAUGAUGAACACACACACCCCAUGACGGACAGACAGACACACACACACAAACACACACACACCAUACAGACAGACAGACACCAUGACACAGACAGACACACACACACACCAUACAGACAGACAAACACACACCAUACAGACAGACACGAUGACACAGACAGACACACACACACACCAUACAGACAGAAACACACACACACCAUACAGACAGACAGACACCAUGACACAGACAGACACACACACACACCAUACAGACAGACAGACACCAUGACACAGACAGACAGACACACACACACUAUACAGACAGACAGACACCAUGACACAGACAGACACACACCAUACAGACAGACAGACACACACACACCAUACAGACAGACAUACACAUUACUUAUACCUGCCAGGGAGAGGUCUUCUGGGGGCCUUUUACCGCUGGGGAGGUCUUCUGGGGGCAUCUGGGGGACAUGUCCAAAUUUCCCGGUGGGCCGUCGGCUCCUGGGGCCGGGCAGACACCUGGGUUUGCUGUCGGCCGCUGGGGAGGUCUUCUGGCGGCCGCUGGCAGACUUGUCCUGGCGGCCGCUGGGGGAGCUGCGCAUGCUCUGCCCUCCCGCCAUCGCGCGCUACUGAAUGAGACCAGCACCGGAAUAUGAUGUCAUAUUCCGGCGCCGGUCUCAUUCAGCUGCGCGUUGGGGAGCAGAGCCAGCGCAGCUCGCGCAGCUCCCCCAGUGGCUGCCAGGACAAGUCUGCCAGCGGCUGCCAGAAGACCUCCCCAGCGGCCGACAGCAAACCCAGGUGUCUGCCCGGCCCCAGGAGCCGAUGGCCCACCGGGAAAUUUCCUGGUAUCCCGGUGGGCCAGUCCGGCCCUGCACAAGUAUGUCCCGUCUAGGCCCUUUACGAUCUGCUGAAGACUUACGUCUAUCUUCUGUCCGUACUCCCACCUCUGAUGCUCCCCUUCAAGAUUUCUUGAGGGCUGCACCGUUCCUGUGGAACUCGCAUCCCUCCUCCGUUAGAUGCUCACCCAGUCUCCACUCCUUCAAAAAAUCGUUAAAAACCCACUUGUUCAUAAAAGUGUAUCAAUUAAACUGUUAAUAGCUCCUGACUGAUUCUUCUUCUGCAACUGUCACUAGUCUAAUACUAUCAUUACCUUUUUGUGUCAUUUUACCCCACUCCCUCUAGCAUGUAAGCUCAUUGAGCAGGGCCCUCAACCCAUCUGUUCCUGUGUGUCCAACUUGUCUGGUUACAACUACAUGUCUGUUCGUCCACCCAUUGUAAAGCGCUGCGGAAUUUGACGGCGCUCUAUAAAUAUCAUAAUAAUAAAUAAUAAGAGACAGCACUCCAAAUUGAGGGUGAAGUACUGGCAUAUACAGCCUCUUUUAUUCACAUUCUACAAACAUAGUACUGCCCACAGGGUUUUGAAGCACAACCAAUCAACACAUUACAACACAGCUAACACUCCCAUUCAUUACAUCAGACAUCCUCCCCUCUGCCUGUGAUACAAUUAUCUCAACACAAUAGACUAACUUAAUUAUCACAGACAGGAACAUACAGCACUAUAAAACAUAUCACAGGGACCCCAAAACAUGCAAUAUCCCCAUAUGGGUGAACCACAUAUCCAAAAUUCACCCAGAUCCGUUCAGUAGUUUGGAAGAUACGGUUUAAUGCAGAUUCCGCAGAACAUAUACAUGCUAUAUGAAAAAUAAUUACUGUUAAAUGUGUCCCCUGUUCUGUAGUUUAAAACUACUGAAUGAUGUCUUUGUGCACCAAAUACCGGCGAGAGGGCACCAUGUAGAAAAGUCAAAACAGUGUCUGUGAGUUAAAAUGGCCGCCAUCCAUUGUUCUCACCAUGUGCCUUUGAUACAUGAAAUGGUGGCCACCCAGUAACACCACAGUAUGUCCCCAGAUGGUUCUUAAAGGGCCAGCAGCAGCAUAAUAAAAUACAAUAUGCCCAAAUCAGUUCCUUAAAGGGCAAUACAUCCCAGGGCCAUAGUCGCAGGGCAGGAGGCUGGCAAACAGGCCCCUCCAAAAACCAGUGGUCGAGGUCACUUUCGCCACAUGCAUAAACUGUUUUGGGCCCCUGAAGACACAUGCCUAUCGAUUGCCCUAAUUGCAUUGUGAGUGUAUGUGUAUUGGGGUUGCAUUGUGUGCUUAUCAAGGAGCUGUAGUUAUUAUAUGUAUAUACACAGUGGAACCUCGGAACUCAAACUUAAUCCGUUCCAGAAGGCUGUUUGAGAACCGAGUUGUUCGAAAACCGAUUCAAGAUUUUCCAUAAGAAUUAAUGUAAAUUAGAUUAAUCCGUUCCAGACCCCCAAAAGUACAGCAUUUUAACACACAUUUUACAGUUUAAUAAUACCUUAAAUGCAAAAAAUCAUACAGAAAACCAAUAAACAUAAUUUAAAUAAAAUUUAAAAGUAACUUCACUUUACUGUUUGCUGAUAGAAUGGAGCUCUGUUCGUUUUGUUGAGUGCUAGGAGGCUGAUGCGUCAUACCAACGAGGUUCCACACUGGUACCAUCGAGGUUAUUGCUGUGUGAUUUUGUUUGAAUACCGAAUUGUUUGAGUACUGGAGCGUUCCAGAUCCGAGGUUCCACUGUAUAUAAGAUUAUGUGUGUAAGGGGGUGAAGCAUGUAUGUAUGUAUAUAUGUAUGUGUGUGUGGGAGUGAAAGUAUGUGGGGAAGAAGUGUGUAUGUGGGUGAAGAGAUGAUGUGUGUGUGUGUAUGCAAAGGUGUACUCUGUGUUGGUGGAAGGUGUACUGUAUUAAGAGGGGUGUAAAGAGUGGGAUAGGGAAGAGCUUUACCAUUUUUACUUUAGUAAGUGCAGAGCUCCAUCUCACUGUCUCUCCCCUGCGCUGCUCUCUGUGAAACAGGAGGAAGUCCUCCCAGCACAGUACCCCCUCUGGCCGCACGUGGAAAAAGGAUGGAACAGCUGCAGCUUGUGAAGGGAGACACAUUCUUCCCAACUUCAAUUUCAAUUGGAGGAAAAGCAAGGGAACUGGUGAUGGCCUAAUGAUAGAUUUACAGCUGUCAUAUAACUACACAACCGAUGGUACACUGCAGGCCUUGAGUAUAGCAAGGCAUCAAGGGAGUUGUAGUUCUGAUAAUAGUAGGGUGAUAGCGUCUUGAUCCAAGGAUAAACCUGACUGUCAUUCUGGGGUCAAGAAAAUUUUUUUUUUCCUAGUUUGUUGCAAAAUUGAAAGUCUUGCCUUCUUUUGGAUCAACAGCAAAAACCAGAUGUGAGGAAGGCUGAACUUGAUGGACACAUGUCUCUUUUCAGCCUAUGUAAAGCUGAGUAUCCCAAUCUUGUGUAUCGUUGCUGUAGUAGGUCUUAAAGGGACAGUCUAAGUAACCACAAUAACUUGAUGUUAAUAAAGUGAAUUGGAAGCAUAGAUGCUGUCAAUUAGAAAUGGCACUAUUUACUGUACAUUCUUACUAGUGGCAGAUAGUCACUAUAUAUUCAAAUCGAUUACAUUUUUCUAUUUCUAUUUGACAACUAUCGUCAGCACGUAAAGUAUGUUGAUGUGGGAUGCUGUGUGUGUUCAGUGCUUCUCUAUGAGAGGCACUGGAUUCAAUGUUUCUUAUAGAGAAGAAUUAGAUUGAUGGAUUGCAGUGAUUGACAUGCAUUGUACUUUGUGUUCUCGAAGUUUCUCUAUAAGAAGGAUCUAACUGACAAAAAGUCACCAAGAUUGAUGACGUCACUCAAGUCGGAUCAGGAUCAGGAGAGGAGUCUGUUUCAGUGCCGGAAUAAAGGCAAUAUUAAUUGUUUUUCAUUUAUUUAAUUUAAAAAAGGGUGUCCCAGAAAUCUAAAGUUAUAAAGAACACAUUUUAGAGUGUACGAUGAUCCUACCAAAGGUACUUUGGGUUUUAACUCACUAGUGUUUCACACAGAUAUACAAAACCACGUAUCUCUGCACCAAAAGAUAUCUAAACCUAAUUUUCAUCUAAUUUAGAAAUCGAAGUGCAAAAGUGGAUAUUCUGACCUCCGUUGGAAGUGGUCAGUGUUUGGUUAACCCUCCUAGGAAACAGUAGAAAUGCAUUCAGUCUAUGCAGUUCUGUACAGAUAGUUCUUACAGAAGUACAACACGGACAGCAAUAUUAAUGGCUUUCAUUACCUGGCCUUCACUUCCUCAUCGCUUAUUCUGUCUUCACUAAUAUUGUCAAAGGACUUCUCACCUGUUGCAUUAAUGUGCUUGUAGAGGCUUUUCUAUUAGAUGAUAUUUUGACAGUUACACCUAACGUUACACCUGCAGAUUGGGUAGAUCAGAAAUCUCCUGCGGGUCUGCUGUCUUCAGGGUUUAAUGUCCUGUGUCUGGCCUUCUGAGACAUGGAACUGGUAGUCUUUAUAACAGUAUAUUUAUCUGGUGCAUUUUAUUUAAUACUCUGCAAUAUCACUGCAUGCCUGGAGUUCUCGUUGAAGGAUUAUUCAGAGCACCAUGACCACUUCAGUGUUCCCCCCCCCUCCCAUGUGACACCCAAAUCCUCCUCUCAGUCCAUACUUUGUGAUGUCCUUCUCCCAGCAGUGACAGGGAGUGAGGAUUGGGCUGCUGGGAGAACUUGCCCUUUGCGCCAGAUUGAAGGUUAAUAUAUUCCUUUAUUUCAUCAUUUUUAUUUAUUUUAGGGGAUACUAUUUCAGCAAAUGUUACUCUAACCAGAAACAGUGUUUUGGAGUAACCCUUACAUUAAAGUAAGCCUUUAAAGCAAGAUCAAUAUUAAUUUGUGCCUUAUUGCGUCCUGCAGCAUGAGAAUUGCAAGGAUAUAAAUAACUGGAAGAAUACAUUAUUGCAGAGUUGUAAUAGUUUGUAAAGACACAUUAAAGUCAGUAUUAUUGCUGUUAUGCACUCAUACACAACAACAAUAUGGAGUUCCAACAAAAGAGGGACAUUAGAUAGAAAAGUGUGGUAGGUAUGAUGUACCCAUACCUAAAUACCAUCUAAUUAUCCAAAGGGUAACAAUGCACCAUGUAGGAUGAUGAAUAUUGUUUGCAAAUUGACAUAUUAUUUAUAAAUUCCCAGCUUGCACUCUGUGCAAACACCUACCUCUUCUUGCCAGCUGUAUGCGUGUAUACAGCUACAAAAAUGGCAAAUUAAAAUAAUCCCAUUCCCAUGCAUUGUGAUUUGAUUAUUUGAGCAAGGAAGAUAUUGGGUUUCCUCCCUUUACACCAAUUUGCAGUGAGUUGAAAGGAGAAUUGCAACAUUUGGUCGGAUUUGGAAAACAAAAUCGUAAAAUCGUCACAGCUUAAAUUUUUUUGUCUAAAUUUAGCAAUUUAGUUUUUUUUAACAUCAUUACAGUUGAAUAAUUAGUCAAUAACUGCAAAUGUUUUUUUGUUUUCAUUCCAAUUCCAUCACUAAAUGUUUUGUUAGAAUAUAGUUAAAGAGAAAUUAUAGAUUUAAAUCACAAUUUAUCUCUAAAAAGUGAGGCUUGAUUUUGCUAAAGCUGUAAUUAUAUGCAUGUAUUUUUCAUAUCCCUUCAGUAAUUUGAGGUUAAUAUGAGAAUUAUUCAAUACUGCGGGAAUUAAUAGCUAUUAUAUUAAACACUAUACAUGUUCCCUUUGUUACGACUGAAAUAAUUUACUGUAAAAAGCACAGACAGACUAUUACAGUUAAAUUAAUUCACAUUUCCCAUGAUUUAUAUCUCGUUCCAAGCAGGCACCCAACACAAAAUACUUAUAUGAGUCUUUAACGAAGCGAUCAGGAAUAAAAUACUCUUGUUAUUUUUACCAAACCCUGAAUUGAGGGGAAAUGAAAACCUAACUGAAAAAUGUAGGCAACAUUAGUUGGGCAAUUUUAAACCGAUCAGCUAUUGUCUAAAUUUUGCAAUUUGUUUUUCACUUCACUGUAUUUAGUGAAUAAACCACAAACUGUGAAUUGCCAAAAACUUUUAGGAUAAAAUAAUAAAACUGUUUCCAGAUCAGCUAACUUGACGUGGAAUUGGAAUUUUGAAUUCUCUGGUGAAUUUUGACAAAGCAGAAUAUAGUAAAUAACCCAGACAAUAUUUGAAAACAUGAAGAAUUGUUAGAGUGCUGAAUUUCGAAAUGCUGAACCGAACCAAACUGCCGAAGUGACGACAUUCGGAACUGCCGAAGUGCUUCGGAUUUCUGAAAAGUGGCAAAACAGGAGAGAGUUGGGGCUAGGGGUUGGGGUAGGGUUAGGGUGAGGUAAGUGGUUGGGGUAGAGGUAAGUUUAGGGGUAGGGUUAAGGGUUGGGGCAGGGUUAGUUGUUGGGGUAGGGUUAGUUGUUGGAGUAGGGUUAGGGUAGGGGUAGGGUAACCUUAUUACUAACCCUAACUGUAAACCAACCCUACCCCUAACCCUAAUCCUACCCCUAACCUAAUUCUACCCUUAACCUAACCCCACACUUACCCGAAGUGUUGAAGUGCCGAAGUUCAGAAUUUCGGAAUGCCGAACCAAACCGAAUAUUUUUCCCAUGCACAUCCCUAGUGGGAGUUAUAAAAGUAACUGGGAAAUUAGAAAAUUAUUCAAGAUGGCACUUUAGGUAAAACAGUUCAGUCAGUAGAGGAAGUUUAUGUUUAUAUAUGGUUCUACUUCAUUUGUGAAUAUGUGAAAUAAAAAAUACAGAAAUGAAAAGACAAUAAAAUGGGAAAAUUUCAUUGUGACAGUUGUAGUUAAAAAGGUGUUUGAGAAUGAAUUCAGUAGUUAGUCAAUGUGCAAAUUUGGGGGUUGGUAAAGGGGUCCAUCGCUCACUGGUUCUCUGUUCCUUAAAACCACAGUCAGACAGCGCAGAGGAGGGGAGGCUAUAUUUGGCCUGGGAAGCAACUACAAACAAAUAGCCAUAGUUUGAGUACAAAUCUUUCACUUUUGCCAUUAAUGCCACAUUAAAUGUUUUACACUAAUACCUCAAGUACCGGAAUACUCUAUACUUAUAGCUUAGAUGGCAAAUGCCCUCCUGCCUUCCUUGAGUCAUAGGAGUAGUCCAAUAUACAUCAUAUUAGGAGCAAAGCCUAUUUGUGUUUAUUUCUGUUGAUGGGCCGAUGGAAACUUCGUAGAAAGUUCUGUGACUCUUACCAGGUGACAGUUUAUUGAGUGUUUAUAGCAAAACAAUGAGCUAAUUCUAACUCUAAAAAUGGCAUUAUAACAUGGACUCUGCGCCAGAAUCAAUCACACAGACCGGCGCUAUCAGCUCUCAGUGAUUUAUGCCGUGCCACAGUGUAUUUGCAUAACAAGUUUGAGAACAUGAGCACUAAUGGGGAACGUUUCAAAUGAUUUUCUGCGGGGCUCUCCAAAGGCUCCUGCCUAAAUGAAAUAAUGCGUUCAUGCUAAAGUCUGUCUGGCAUUUGCAUAACGCCUCCAUCUUUCUUAGGUUCCCCAUAGGACGCUAGACAUGUCUAUUGAAGCCAGUCACAAAGCAGUUAUUGUAGAAGUGCCUGUGCACGGCUGCAUUGCACUCCAGCCAGUGUUAGAAUGUCCGUCACGUGUCUGGGGAAUUGUAGGAUGAAGCUGUGGACGAUUAACUUUUUCUGUGCCAAAUGAAAAUCGAACAACCAAGACGUAUUAUUACAUUAAAUGUCUCUAAGUGAGUUUGAAGGGUGACGGUGAGCUAAAUAUAUGUAUUUUUAUAAUUAUCAGUAGAACAUGGAAGUAUGUUGAUUUCUCAUUAAUAUUGGAGGGCUGAGUAAUUUUUAAAAGGAUACUACAAGCAUAUUAUUAACUAGUAGGCAAAAUUAACAAUUUCCCAUAGCAGAAGAAAAAGUGUUUUCUAGGCGACAUUUUUUUAUGCGUCAUUUAAUCGUCAUUUUUCCGCAGUAAUAAAUGGGAUCUACUCGUAUGCGCAGUGUUUCCUCUUAGUAAUGGAAGGGAUUUCCCUGCCAGGCACUUAAAGACACUGGUUAACUCACCUGUGCUAAAGCAGGAGAUCAUGACAUUUUGGCUGGUUGGUGGAUCCGAAGGAUAAAUCUCAAGAAUGCUUCUUUAAACCAAAUCUCUAAUAUUUAAUACGGUUGACACAAAGGGUUGGCUGGCUGAGGAUUGUUAAAGCUGUGGUUCACUGUGGCUGGUAUGCCAGGGGUGCAGGUUGUAUAUUUACCAAUGAAGGGGUUAAUUGGGUGCAAUUCUGUAUCUGCAGACUUGCAAUACAAUACACCUGCCUGACCGCCCGCAAAGCCGCCAUGUCCCACCUAGCAUUACACAGGUUCCUAGAUACAUUAAUUCUCUUAUUGUGUCUCGGAAAUAGAAUUUUAAGUAUCAACAAUUUGCAGAACAUUCAGCUUUUGUUCUUGUUUUCGCUCAAAAUCAAAUUACAGUGAGAAGCCUAUUUAUCAAAGUCUCCUGAUCACAACAAAAAACUGCAGCACAAGCAAGAAAGAAGUACAGCUAAAUGUUCCAGCUAAACCGAAGGGAUUUGGUUUGUUCAUACAUCAAAACGUAGACCUUCUCAGGAUUUUGCACCAUGUGGUCAGGAGAGACUGAUAAAUGGAUGGAUGGAAGGGCAGCCAGGGCCAAAUUUCUUUGGAUCCAAAGAUCUCAUUAGCCUGCAGGCUAACAUCCACCCAUUCCCUCACCCUCCCAAAAAGUAUCUGCACAAAACUAACAUCAAUAGAAAUAAUAAGACAUGCAACAGUUCAUUCAUAAACAUACACGCAUACCGACACACACAUUCAUACAUACACUCAUAUAUACCCACAUUAACAUAUACCCAUAUACAGUAAUACAUACCAAACACAUUCAUAUAUACAUGCAUUCACACACACAUAAUCAGACACAUAUGUAUUCCUGAUUUUUAUAAUUUAUUAUUUUUUUUAUAAUGAGGUCCACCCUUUGCCAGUAGAGAGCUGGACGGGGCCUCAUCCUGAUUGCCUGGCGGAGCUGGGUUUGCACUGUGUACAUGUUGCAGCUCCGUACUGAUAUUGAGGCUGGAGUGGCGUUAUAUAACGUUGUGAUCAUUCCAAUUGCCAUAAUAUAUUUUAAAAUACUGCGCAACAAUUGUACCAGCUUUGGCCCAUGCUGGACAUGAAGCAGAUGCAGAGGCAACUAGAGGUGCAACAGAGAAGGGGGAUCAACCUGUUAUCUUUUUUUUAGCCUUUUCCUGGUACAUAGACUGGGUUAUUUUUUAAACUAGAAACUUGCAAGAUUUGGCAAGGUAAUCACAAAUCUAAAGCCAAAAUGCCUGAAUUAGAUUAUUUUUUUCCAGCUAGACUAUUAUUGCUAAAAUUUGAAAUGUUACUAGAAGUGGAAUUUGGAAUAUGUAUAAGAAGGGACUCAGCAGUGGACACCCAUCUGACCCUUGGUUUGUGUUAAACACUAAAAAAAAAAAAACAGGUUGAUACAUAACCGAGUGUGACACCAGGGGAAUGCUUGCACCAUAACCACUCCAGCAGGUUUAGAAUGCAAGACGACUGUAGGGAGAGGGAUCUUUUUCGUCCCUGCUAUUUUAAAAUGGCCAGUACUCUGUAUGAAUGUUCCUGUACUGUAAGCAGUGCAAGUGUCCCUGGAUCAACUGCUGAUUUAAUAACCCUACGUGUAACUCAUCAUCUUGAGUCUUGCACCAGUUAUACAAUAAGCUAAAACUAAUUAAAGAGAUAAGUGCUGGAUCAAAAAUAAGUUUAUCCCUCUUUCUUUGGUUGUUUUUUUUUUUUUUUGUCUUUUGGGGAGAGAUCAUACCAUCAAGGAUACGCUAACAAAAAAAAAAAUGUUUUUUAUUGAAGAUAGGCAGUGAGUGCCGAGAUAUGUGGUCAUGUUGCAGUAACCACAGUCUGUCUACUGUGCAGCUCUGUGAAGAUGAGUGUGAGGUCCUAUAAGGACACGUUAGGGACCCUUAGCGUUUCUCUUACCUGGGGUUCCAAAAAAAUAAGGAUCGUACUGGCCAAACCACACAAGCAAAUCUAUUAAAAAAAAUAUUGAAAACCACUAAACAAAUAAUUACACAGAUUGCAGACUUUUAAUGUGCUGCUGAUUAUCUUAACCUUAUAUAAAUACCCUUACUUGUUUUCUUGAGUGAACAGAUCUACUUUAACCCUUUCAUCUCAAGUGGGGAGUGAGCAAUCCAUGACACGAGAGGGUUAGUAGAGAAGACACGCAUAAAUUACAAUGAAACUUGCAACUAGGCAGAAAAAUAAAGCAGUUGCCCAGGAAACCACUUUGGGCAAACAAAGUCACAUGACCGGGCCUUUCUCAGUGUGCCACCCCGGUCACUGGCUCAUUGUGGCAUGCCAGCAUGGAGACCAACUUCUCAGCCUCUCUACGUGUCCUAGCUGAAAACAGGACAAACGACGAUGAGCAAAGCACUCGGGAUGUGACUGAGAGUCUUCUGGGUAUGUUUCACGACAAGUCCUUCACAUUAACGAGCUAUGGCUUCAUCCCCUGUCUUCAUUACAAGUGAGGGACUGUAACUGAACUGUCUGUUCUGUUUUCAUGCCGGUAUCUAGUUUGAAAAGUUUGGGACAAGGCUUGCCAGGUUCACCAUCAUUUCGACGUUCUGAUUUUGGAAUGUUCUGCACUCAAGUAUGUAGCAUUCAUAUACUGUCAGAGAGAAAUCCUUUACAGCUUAACUGUAACAUAGUUUAAUAGAAACUGCAAUGUUUAUAUUACAGCUUUAAAUCCACUUCUAGUGGAUUUAUCAGACUUUUAGUGGCAUUCAAUCAGGCUAGUUAUUGAAAGUCUUCACAUUCAGCACAAUUACACCCAGCACAAAAGUUUAUAAUUCUUCUCUCUGAAGCAUCUGAUUAGUGGAUUCUUGAAAUUGCCACACAUGCCCAAUCUUUAUGAGAAGCGUUAAAUUGGUCCGAGAUGAUGAUUACGGAUAUACGCACAGCAGAUAGAGACUCAGUUUAUGGAGUAAUCAUAACUGGGGAAAAACUAAGCAAGAUUAAUAAAGCCUUCUCAGUUAAAAUAACUAAGCUAUAACCCAACGUGUGUGGAAGGCUGGAGUGUCCCUUUAAUAAUAUAAACCCACCCAGUAUAACUAACUGUAACCUAACCUACACAGUGAAUCUAACAUGUGUGGGAGCCUGAAGUGACUAUUUAAUAAUAUAAACCCACCAAGUAUAACGAAUUGUAACCUAGUCUACAAAGUGCACCUAACGUGUGUGGGAGCCUGGCAUCUCCCUUUAAUAAUAUAAACCCACCCAAUGUAACUAACUGUAACUAAUCUACACAGUGCAACUAACGUGCGUGGGACCCUGGAGUGUCCCUUUAAUAAUAUAAACCCACCCAGUAUAAAUAACUCUAACCUAACCUAAACAGUGCAACUAACAUGUGUGGGAGCCUGGAGUGUCCCUUUAAUAAUAUAAACCCACCCAGUAUAACUAUAAGCUAAUCUACACUGUGCAUCUAACAUGUGUGGGAGCCUUGAUUGUCCCUUUAAUAAUAUAAACCCACCUGGUAUAACAAACUGUAACUUAACUGCACAGUGCAUCUAACGUAUAUGGGAGCCUGGAGUGUCCCUUUAAUAAUAUAAACCCACCCAGUAUAACUUAAUGUAACUUACCUACAGAGUGCACCCAACAUGUGUGGGAGCCUGGAGUUUCCCUUUAAUUAUAUAAACGCACUUGGUGUACCUAACUGUAACUUACCUACAGAGUACACCGCACGUGUGUGGGAGCCUUGAGUGUCCCUUUAAUAAUAUACACCCACUUGGUGUACCUAACUGUAACUUACUUACAAAGUGCAUUUGACAUGUGGGGGUCUGGAGAACUGCCUUAAAAGUUUUUGGAAGGAAAUAUUCAUAAUUGAAAUAAAAUAUUAUGAGCCGUAGUUUUUAGUUAUAAUUUUUCAUUGAAAACAUGCAGAGAGUGGAAACAAGGUUGUUAAUUAUAAUUUAGUUAAAUUUGGUCAAUUGUGAAUAUUCUGGGUCUGACAUUUACAAGCAGAUGUUUUCUCAUUUCACUAAUCAAUAGUAUAAUGAAAUUACAACUACAGCAUCCGCCUGUCGGCUUAGAGACUCGUUAACAAAGGAUUGCUAACUCCCUGCUGGAGAAACUCGCAUAUAUAGAUUUAAUUCUUUCAGAGCCAAAGACGCAAACAAUAUUUUGCUAGAGCUUAUGACGUUAAUGGGAAACUGUCACCACCUACCUGGCCCUCCAUUCCCCUGCCGCGAUCUCCCUACAGUGGUAGGUGUUCAACUUCUUUAACACCCACCUCCAAUCCACCCACUUACCUUCUCAGCUCUUCCCUGAUUUGCACUCCUUGGAGACACUCAAGAAGCAGGGCAUGAUGCUGACACAAGUCUUCGUUGCCAGUGCCCUGCCUUCUGAACAGUGAGGUCACAUCACUCCGAUUCACCGGCUAGGGGGUUGCCAAAGCAACCACCUCUCGUGCGCUGCGACUGCUAUGGGUGGAGAGCAGAGGGACCCCUUCUCUUCUGCUCUGCUUAUCUCUCAUUUCCUCUGAAUUUAAUGUCUGCCAAGGAAUUGAGAGACAGAUGGGAGAAAAAAAUAUUUUUAAACAGGUUUUUUUUUUGCCAAAUAUAUACAUUUGCUUGCAAAUCUUCUACCACAAUAUAUAGAUUGAAACGUAUGCUCCGUCUAAGGAGCAUCCGAUAAUUGGGACAUGACAAAGUCACAUUAAAGUUCUACAAACCCUGAAAAUUAAGAGACGGUAAUCUUCGUGAAUUAAGUUUAUUUUAAAGAUCCAGAUACAAUUAAUGAUUUAACACAUCAUGAAAGAUGACUACAUUUCCCCUUUUUUUUUUCUAUUCUUUAUAUAAGUCCAGGCAUUCAUAUAAGACAUUGGUAAUUGUUCAGCGCAUGUCAAAAAGGUGUGUACAUAGGCCUGCAGGUUGUACAAUGCGAUAUUAGAACAAUGAGAUGCAUAUUACAGUGGUAUAUAGCAAGCAGCUGCGUGCAUUUUGGGGAUUUUUGAAUAGUUUUUUUUUAAUCUUAAUUUUAUUUUCAUUUGUUACAUUCAGUAAAUUAUUUAUACUUUACAAGUAUCAACUGCAAAUCUGGCAGCACAAAGCCGUCCGCUGCAGAUUUGCAGUUGAUACUUGUAAGGUAUAAAUAAUUUACUGAAUGUAACAAAUGAAAAUAAAAUUAAGAUUUAAAAAAAACUAUUAAAAAAUCCCAAAAAUGCAGGUAUGUUAAGGUUCUGCGGGAUUCCAUAACUUUCCAUUUUAUUAAUUACUAUAUUAUUGCCAUGGAGCCCAAAUCUUGUGAAACUUGUCCAUGAGGUAAGUAUCUUUGAAGAUGACUUGGGCGAUACGCUGAACCUCAGACUGCAACCACGAUUGGGCCAUAGACCAGAGUGCUGGUAGGUUGAGCAUGUUUCAAGGGACACUAUAGGCACCCAGACCACUUCAGCUCUUUGAAGUGGUCCGGGUGCAUAGUCCCAGGUCCCUUAACCCUGCAAAGGUAAUUAAUGUAGUUAAUACCUUUGCGGGUUAACUCCACCUCUAGUGGCUGUCUUCCAGCCACAAGAGGGACAUCUGGGUGGUUAUGCGACUUUUGGUUGCCUGACGCUGAUUGUCCUCAGCCAAUGCAUGAGGACGUCCAGCAUCAUGUAAAACACCAUAGGAAAGCAUUAUACAUGCUUUCCUAUGGUGGAAGUCGUAAUGCGAUGCAUGGCAAACAACGCACAUGUGCAUUAGGCGUUGGCAUCUGAGGAGCAGAGGCAGAGCGUGAACCAGCGCCAAGGGACUCCGUUAACAAGGGGUGGGGCGUGAGGGAAGGAGGCACUAUAGGGAGCUAUAGUGCCAGGGAAAAAAGACCGCUGCUCUUUGGUGGAUGAUCCCUCUGUGGGCCUAGAAAACAGAAAUGCCAAGUGGUCUAAGUCAAAGUGUCUAUGUAAGAUUGUAGCCAUCAAUGCCUUCACCUCCAUCUAGAACCCAGCUGCCCGUGAGCAGGUCUAUCACAUGUGCAGGUGUGUGCCCUUCUUCCCAUAUAGAUGCCAACAAGUAUCUGUGCCCAUUCUGCCUAUGUGUCAAAGUUUAAAUGGUGUGGCAUACCAAUGGACCAACAUUUUGAAUUACUGUUCCUCAAGGGUUGAGCACUGAAGUGCCAAAAUUUGUAUCGCUAAGAAUAUUUGAUCAAACGUUCAUAUCCCUUUUAUGUAGAAUCAGGCAUGGAUUUGAUAGAGUAAAAUGUAUGUAAACCUUAAUCAAAAGGACUAAAAUAAAGUCAUGUCUCUAACUACCCUAACAGCCAUGACCCACCACCCACUAUUAUUUAUUUCUGUAUUUUUUUUACUUGUUUCGCAGCAUUCAAAAUCAUUAACGCCUCUCUGGUGUGUCUGGCUUUAAUGAUCCUGACAGCCUUUGCCAUUAUGUGCAGCGUCUCCUACCACAAACGCAGCAGGUAAGUGUUCAAUGUUUGGAGACGGGUUAGAUCAGGUCUCAAUGGGGGCUUUCUAUAUCACAGCUGGACUUUUCUACAUCCACUGGAAGCAAUUCUACACAUUGAUAUCUCUUUCCAUAUCAUAUUAUGAUAUUUAGGCGUUAUGCCCAGUUGCAACCUGAAAAUUAUACUGGGUCUAGGUAAUCAAUUCCCAUAACUUUUCUAUAUAAUUGUUAGCCUUCACUGUUUCUACUAAUGUUAUUUUCCUGUUAAGAGAGGUCAUUCCUGGAAACAAACUGUCAAUGAUGGGAUUAUCAAACUUUAUCUAUGUAAAACUGCCACUAGCCAAACGAAUAUUAGAAUAGGUCAAAUCACUGAAUAAAGAUAAGCAGAUUAUAAAUGAAUAUACAUUAAACAGUUUAAAGAGCCCCUAGACCAGGCAUAGACAACCUUUGGCACUGCAGAUCUUUUGGACUACACCUUCCAUGAUCCGUUACCAGCAUUAUGUGUGUAAGAGCAUUAUGGGGGAUGUAGUCCACAUCAUCUGGAGUGCCGAAGGUUGUCCAUCCCUGCACUAGACACUCUAAAUUGCUAAGCUUUAAAUAGACACUCCGGGCACCAACCCAACUUUAAUGCAUUUCGUAAGUUUUGGCCUCAUUAACCCUUUAACACCGUUACGGCGUUCUAUGCCGUCCCGCAUUAAGUGGGCUUUAAAGCCGUUGCGGCGGCACAGAACGCCGUAACGGCUUGCAGCCCCUGGAAGUCCGGCGUACUUACCUCCGUCGCAAUCCUCUGCUGGAGGGCUGCCUGACAGCCCAGGCAGCCCUCCCCGGCAAAUGAGGCCCCCAGUGGCCAUGUGAUGGCUCUCAAAGAGCGAACACAUGGCCCCCUAUAGCUGGCUGUGGAUCUGACAGCAGGAGGACUGUCUGAAAUGGCAGACAGUCCCCCUGCUGGUGGGAAAGUAAAAAAAUAAAAAUUAAUUCAACAUAUACAUAUUAUAUAUAUGUAACGUCAUACAAAGUGUAUUUUAAUAUUAAUAUAAGUACAUAUAUUAGUAUUAAAAUACACUUAGAAUGACGUUACAUAUAUAUAUAUAUAAAAUAUAUAUAUAUAUAUAUAUACAUAUAUACAUAUAAUUACAAUAAUAAAUAAAAUAUUGAAACAAAAUAUAAAUUAUAUAUUCAUAUGUAAUUUCAUUCUAACUGUAUUUUGUUAUUAAUAUAUAUAUUGGUAACAAAAUACACUUCAAAUGACAUUCUAUAUAUAACUAUCUAUAUAUAAAAUACAAAUAUAUAUAUAUAUAUAUAUACACACACACAUAUAAUUACAUAAAAGAUUACAUUAGUAUACACGUAGAAUUUAAAUACCUAUAAAUGCAUAUAUAUUAAAAUUCAAUGUGUAUAUUUAAGUAAUUUUUUAACAUAAUUAUGUUAUUUGAUUAAUUAAAAUUUGAUUGACAUGCCUGACAACACAGGGAGAAAGUGCAGAGAAUUUAAUUCCCAAGCACUAUAUUUGACCCUGUAACUCUCCAAGACACCAUAAAACCUGUACAUAGGGGGUACUGUUUUACUCGGGAGACUUCGCUGAACUCAAAUAUUAGUGUUUCAAAAUGAUAAAUUGUAUUACAACGAUGAUAUUUUAAGUAAAAAUUAAGUUUUUUGCAUUUUUUACAAACGAACGGCACUUUUAUGGACUAUAUUAUUGUUGUAAUAUGUUUUACUGUUUUAAAACACUAAUAAUUGUGUUUAGUGAAGUCUCCCGAGAAUAACAGUACCCCCCCAUGUACAGGUUUUAUGGUGCCUUUGAGAGCGUAUGGUAGCCCAGGAAUGAGAAUUACCCCCAUGAUGGCAUACCAUUUGCAAAAGUAGACAACCCAAGGUAUUGCAAGUGGGGUAUGUCCAGUCUUUCUUAGUAGCCACUUAAUCACAAACACUGGCCAAAUAUUAGUUUUUUUGCUUUUUUCACACAAAAACAAAUAUGAAAGCUAACUUUGGCCAGUGUUUGUGACUAAGUGGCUAUUAAAAAAGACUAAACAUGCCCCACUUUCAAUAACUUGGGUUGUCUACUUUUUCAAAGGGUAUGCCAUUAUGGGGGUAAUUCUCAUUCCUGGGCUACCACACCGUCUCAAAGGUAACAUUACUAAUCUGGCAAAUUUCAAUGUGAAAAUGGAACGUUCUAUAUUUGACCCUGUAACUUUCCAAAACAGCAUAAAACCUGUUAAUGGGUGGUACUGUUGUACUCGUGAGACAUCGCUGAUUACAAAUAUGUGCAUUUUUUUGCAGUAAAACCUAACAGUAUUAUGACAUUCACAGCUAAAAUGUCAGACGGAAAUACAAAUAAAAAAAUUAAAAAAUAUCUUAUUUUCUCACAUUUUUUAAAAUUUUAUUCAUAAUACAUUAUGUUCAAUAUAUGAAUAGUUAAUGAUAAAUUAAAGCUCUGUUUCUCCUGAACAAAAUGAUAUAUAAUAAGUGUGGGUGCACUUAAUGUGACAGCGGUGAAUUACGGUUGAACAGACAUAUAGCGCAAAUUCCAAUUUUGUUUACGUUUUGUUUUGAUCAGAACAUGAACUAUUGACUCCGUCCUGAAGGGGUUAAUGUGCUCUAUGUUUAUUAUUUUUAUUUUUUCCAUUGUAAUUUUGGCAUUAAAAAAAAAAAUGUUUUGCAGAAUGCUGCACUAUAAACCAGCCUACUUAGCCACACCCCCUCCUUCCAGAAAGUGACUUCCUUAUUAAAUGUAUGUACACAACUCAUUGACAGCAUUUAGUCAUCUGAAAUACAAAGCAACCUGUAUUAGGAGGAGAGCACACUCUGGGAGAGAUAUAGUGAGGAUAUCACAAUCUGUUUGCAGUGUGACUAUCUAUAGGCAGGUUGUGAAUUAAAGCCAGCUCACCCAGUACUAAGUAGAAAGGCUUCUAGUGAAGCAAUCUGAAAAAAAAAACUUUUUUUGUGCAAAAACUAUAAAGAUUUGAAUGUGCAAAACUAUACAGCAUAUUAAUGAGAUCAAAACCUGUCAAAUGAAUUGAAUUGUAUUGGAGAUCAAAGAGUUCCUUUAACUACAGUAGUUCCUUCCUUUACUAAUUCCUAAAAUGGGAGUUAUUUUUUAAAUUAAAAUUUUAACAUUUAGAAGGCUUGGAAAUGCGGCUUCAAGCCAUCCCUCCACACCCACUGGAUAGAAGAUACUUCCCAGUGUUCAUACCCUGGCAUAUUGGGAUAUUGGGACAAAACGUGCACAUGCACAGUGCCGUCAUGGCUUGUCAUAAAGAAUCAUUGCAAUUAAUGAUUCUCUGGGACAGAAUCAAUUGUGGAUCACAGCGAGCGCUGUGCAUGCACCCACAAUCACCAGUGCUCCCCUAUGAAGAGCAUUGGACUGAACCGUCAUCCUUGAAUCACGCCUCCAGGAUGACAUCAUAUGGGGAGGAGCGUGAAGAAGCAAGAGAAAAGGUAAGUAAAUUGUUUCUUUUUUUUUUUAACGGGGCAAAAACGAACUAGGGGUAGGCAUUGUAUAGUAUUAGGAAUACAGAUUAGAGUUGAGUGAACCCGAACUGAAAAGUUCGGGUUCGUACCGAACAUUAAGUUUUUUGGACCCCGGACCCGAACACAGACAUAUAACUGUAUGUUCGAGUUGGAGUUCGGUGCUCGGCGAUUUAAUGACGCGUUUUUAAAGGCUGCAGGGCAGCCAAUCAACAAGCAUUUGACUCGUGUGCCCUUAGAAGCCAUCACAGCCAUGCCUAUUAAUGGCAUGGCUGUGAUUGGCCAGUGCAGCAUGUGACUCAUGUCUAUUAAACUGUUGGAAAAAAAUAUUCCCUAAAUAAAAAUUGGAGGGGGGGACCUAAUAUCCCCCCCUCAGCCCCCACCCCUGAGCUGUGGGUGGGGGCCCUAAAUAAAAAUUGGGGAGGGGACGGGGGGACCUAAUGUUCUCCCCGGCCCCCACCCCUGAGCGGUGAGUGGGGGCCCUAAAUAAAAAUUGGAGGGGCGGACCUAAUAUCCCCCCCUCAGCCCCCACUCCUGAGCUGUGGGUGGGGGCCCUAAUGUUCUCCCCGGCCCCCACCCCUGAGCGGUGGGUGGGGGCCAUAAAUAACAAUAAGGGGGGACAGACCUACUGUCCUCCCCCCCGGCCCACACCCCUGAGCGGUGGGUGGGGGCCCUAAAUAAAAUUGGGGGGGGGGGGACACACCUAAUGUCCUCCCCCUCAGCCCCCACCCCUGAGCGGUGGGUGGGGGGGGGAACGACCUGAUGUUCUCCCCCAGCCCCCAGUCCUGAGCGGUGGUUGGGGGCCCUAAAUAACAAUAAGGGGGGGGACAACCUACUGUCCUCCCCCCGGCCCCCACUCCUGCACGGCGGGUGGGGGCCCUAAAUAAUUGGUGGGGGCCGCCUUAUUGUUAUUUAGGGGUGGAGGCCAGGGGGGGAGGACAGUAGGCCCCCCCGCCCAAAUUCUUAUUUAUGGCUCCCACCCACCGCUCAGGGGUGGGGGCCGUGGGGAGAGGACAGUAGGUCCCCCCCUAUUGUUAUUUAAGGCCCCGACCCGCCGCUCAGGGGUGGGGGCCGGGGGGGAGGACAGUAGGUCCCCCUUCCACAUUCUUAUUUAGGGCCCCCACCCGUCACACAGGGGUGGGGGCAACAGGUUUUUUUUUUUGUUCGUUUUUUACGGUGAGCAGUGUUUACUAGACAUGCCCCUACUCGCGGUAUAGCGAUUAGGGGCUGAAUUUACUAAUACUAAUUAAUCUUUACUUAGUAUUAGUAAAUGUGGCUGAAAGACCAAUUUAUGUCUUUCAGCCUUUUGGUAGAUAGCUCCCUAAUACCAUUUGUUUGCAGGGCACUUGUCCUACUCUUACCCCCAUUUUACUUCCUUUUGCAGCCCUCUAGCCCUUUCCAGGAGUUUUUUAGAGCCAUUUUUGUGCCCAAAAGCUCGGGUCCCUAAUGACUUCAAUGUGGUUCGGGUUCGGGGUCAAGUUCGAGCUCGAAUCCGGACUUUUUUUCAAAGUUCGGCCAAACCCGCCGGACCCGAACAUCCAGGUGUCCACUCAACUCUAAUACAGAUUUGUUUUCCUAACGCUAUAGUGUGCCUUGAAAGGGUCAGUCUCAGCGCCAUCCCACAGUUGCAUCAUUGCAAACUUGAUACUGCACUAAUUUGUGAUUUUUCAAUUAUGUGAAAUAAUUGUUUUUAAAUAAAUAGGGGUUUUCAAAGUAAAAUGACUCCACUACUAAUACAAAUCUUAUGUACUCUUUAUUCUCUACAGACAAUACAAGAGAGCGAGGGAAUAUGAGGACAAAGUGAGAUAUAAGGCAGCUGGGAGUCCCAUUCACAUUACUGGGAUUAAAAGGGUGCUGAGUAUUCACAAACCAUUUAUACUAAUGCGGAAACAGGAAAGCACAAAGCACAGUUCACAAGUUUAUUUCAUCUAUGACAACCCGGCAAUGGCAGCUACAGAAAGUGAGGUCCAGGACAUCCAUGAACCCCUAAAAGAUCCAGCUGUCAGUUGCUUGAUUGCCAAUGAGGGUAAGGCCACAGGUAUCCUGCUGAAUCCCCGAGUAUUCUAUGUCUAACACUAAACGAUGCCAACAUUCUAGAAUCAAGCUUCUCCAGACAAACCUGAACCUAGAAUAAAGGAGUACCUUCUGAUACCUUUAACAGUUUCCAUCUUCCAUACCAUAUCACUUGAAUGAUAUGAUGGUCAAUUAUCUCCAGAUUACUGAAACACAACUUUUUUGUUCUUUUUUCCCCCCGCACCCAUAUUUUACUUGUAUUCAAGUCUUCAUCUGCUCAACUAAUGUAUAACGGGUAUUAAAUUUGCACUGGUACUUACUUUUGUGGCCACCAUUUUGUAAAAUGAUUUUAAAAGUUUUCGACAAUGGUAGAAUUCAUCCAUGUCGAAAUGUAAGGAUUAUUUACAAGAAUAGAGCGCAUGAGGCAGUCCAGAUUUUCCAUUAGGCAAUUUUUGUGGUUUUUAAAUAUUGCCAACCAUCAUGAGUAUGACUAAACAACUAAUACAUUUUAUUUUCAAAAGAGCAAUAUUUCCAUUUAGGCAAUAGGGAAUAAACUCAAAUCCAAU